CACACACACACCCUGUUGUGUUGGAGGCAUCUCUGUGCUAUCAGCCCGUAUGAGUGUUGACAGUGGAGCUUGUACAUGUUCCUGUGUGUUAAUAGUGCUGUGACAGUGAAGAACCCAAGUGAGCUGGCAGCAUGAUGAACACACACAGUAUGGAUAGAGAGAGAGGGAGAGAGAGAGAGACCAAUGAAGAUGGAUGGAGCUACAAGUUCUUCCCAGCUGUAACACCAUGUACGCUAGAGAGAGAAAGAGAGAUGGACCAAGCGACCAACAGCCCAAAUCCCCCUGUCUACAGGCCACGUGCCGGCCCAUGAUGCUCAGCGGUUCAGUGGACGUGCCCAGCCCUGGGGGGAUGAGUGUGGCAUCGGGCCGCAACGUGAUACGCAGCUCAAGCAUCAGUGGCACCAUGUACAGCCUGGAGAAGAGCCCGAGCAGCACCGGGCCUGACACUGGGGGGAUUAAAAAACGCCGCUCCAGCCUCGGGGCCAAGAUGGUGGCCAUUGUGGGGCUUUCACAGUGGAGCAAGAGCACGCAGCAACUCAACCAACAAGAUGGAGCAACUAAGAAGCUACGCAGCACGAUCAGGAGGAGCACGGAGACAGGCAUUGCCGUAGAGAUGAGGAACCGAGUGACGCGGCAGGGGAGUAAGGAGUCAACAGAUGGUAGCACUAACAGUAACAGCUCAGAAGGAACUUUCAUCUUCCCUACCACCCGACUGGGCCCAGAGAGCCAGUUCAGCGACUUCCUGGAUGGCCUUGGCCCUGCCCAGAUUGUUGGGCGUCAGACAUUAGCCACACCUCCAAUGGGCGACGUCCAUAUCGGAGUGAUGGAUCGAGGUGGUCAAAUCGAGGUGGAAAUCACCCAAGCCAGGGGUUUAACCCCUAAACCAGGCUCAAAGAACAUUCCAGCAACGUAUGCAAAGGUUUAUGUCCUGGAGAAUGGAGCGUGUCUCUCCAAGAAGAAAACCAAAGUGGUGAAGAAAACUCUGGACCCGACCUACCAGCAAACACUGCUGUUUGAUGAAAGCCCUCAGGGCAAAGUGUUACAGGUGAUUGUGUGGGGCGAUUAUGGCCGCAUGGACACCAAGUGCUUCAUGGGAAUGGCCCAGAUCCUCCUGGAUGAGCUGGAUUUGUCCUCCAUGAUUGGCGGCUGGUACAAGCUGUUCCCCACUUCCUCUCUCGCCGAGCCCAGCAUCGGCCCGCUUACCCGACGCCUCUCACAGUCCUCACUCGAGAGUGCCACCAGCCCCUCGUGCACCUAGAAAAGGCCCUUCCUCCAUGUCUUCUCUCUGUGUCAUUAUGGUCCUGUUCUCUUUUUUGUGCAAUUCAUUCUUAAACACAACUCUCCGGCACCGUGAGUGGAAACGCAUACUGUCUAUCACAUGCACUUCAUUCGGUCUGUUUGUCUCUUCCUGGUUUGUUAUAGCAAGAGACAAGUGUUAAAUCACACACACCUUUUUGUCUAACUCUCCCACAAGCUGGAAGGCUGCUAAUCCAGAAGCAUACACACACACACACACACACACACACACACACAAACACUAACAGAUAUCAACAGUUGAAUGUGCAACAAAAUAGAGGAUUUUAUUUAUAACCAGCAUACAUGCAGAAAAUCUGUGGUAAAGUGAGAUUUGGCUUGUCAGUUGACACACACAGACAUACAGACACACACACACACAUUUUCCAGAGUUUUCCAGAAGAUGUAGCAUUUAUACAUGCGCAACCCAUAAAGAGCAGAAUGCUUAUGAUCAUCACGCUUACGCUCCACCCCGGCUCACUCCAAAAAAAAAAAAAAAAAUCAGUUUCACUUCUGUUUUCCUAAAACUCUCUAUGCCAAACCUGCUCAAAUGUUUAUUUUUUAAAACCAAAGCAAUUCUUCUUAUAUGUAGUGUUUGUAGAGUAUGGAUAUGUAGCAGAAUCAAUGACUUAGGUGAGAUGCAAAAACAAAAAGAAAAAAAAAAAAACUUUAGAAUUAGUCUAAUGUAAACACAGUCAGGUCCAGAAUGGUUUCACCCUUGAUAAAGAUAAAGCUGUCUAAAAUAAACAGAACAGAUGACAUUUUAAAAUCUCACUGAAAUACAUUUUAACUGUAUUCCUCAGAAAUAGAGCUGUCAGACAGACACUUUUCUUUGUACAUGGAUGCGACAUCCAUUAACAAACACACCAGCACUGAGCCUUUCCCUUUAAUUACCCAGAAUUUUCCAGAAGGAUUCCUUCACAUUUCUUCAACUCAUGAAACAUCUUUAAUCGGAUUAAGAGUUGACGUGUCCCGAUAUAAAUUUUUUUACAUCACAAUAUUUGCCUUUAGCACAGUUUACAAGGUUAUGUGAUUGCCUUCCCCGAGCCUGCAAUGCUGCCCUCAAAACAGUCAAAAAUAUAGUCCCUUAGAAGGCAACUGUCCCUGUGCUGCCUCCAGAAUGGGUCAGACUUUUAUCUCAGAAGCACAAACACUGCCCAAAAGAUUUGCCAAGUAGCCUCUUUUUAAAAAUGGAAUGGUUAUAUCAUCAAGUAUACGUGAUAUAAUUAUGGUGUGUGCUGUAUAUUGUGAUAGAUCAUAUCAGGUGUGGACAAAUCACAAGCCUGGGAGAAGCAGCCUGCAUGUCUGGGCUGUUCAUUUUUUAUUUAUAGUGGACAAGUAGAUUCAGCAGAUGUAAUUAAUUGUUAGAUAGUAGGUUGUUCAGAGAAAUAAAAAAUGGCCAGAGAAAGAAUUCAUGCCCUACUGACUUUCACAAAGCAAUCUUUACUCACUAUGUAUGUUAAAAACAUAACAUGUUUUAUAUGUUUCAUGGUGGAGUGAUACACUACAAGCAUGCGCUACUCGAUCUAAUCAACCAAGGUUACAUUCUGUUGAUUAUUAGAAACUAUUUUCAUUAAUUGAAUAAAUUUACUCGUACAGAUGAGUUAUUUACAAAAAUAUACAAAAGUGCAAACCUGUCAUACAACUCCAUCAUACAGUGGCAUUUUAACUGUAAAUAAAGUCACGUCCAGCAAAAUACAUUACCAGGAGCACUUGAGGACUAUGGCUACACAGAAUCUUCCUCUUCACAAGAAUUUGCAUAUUCACUGAUUUUCAUUAUUUAAUGCAGCUAGCUAAAUAACUAGUUUGGGGUUAAUUAAUUUACAGUAGGUUUCUGUUCAACCAAAACUUGAGACUGAGCAGAACAUUGAAGAUAAUGAAUUUUAUGAUUUGUCCAUCUCUGCAUAUGAUUAAGCAUAUUCCAGCUCCACGGAUCAAUCUGGUCAUUGUAAAAUGAUGAUUUUAUUUUUUAUUCAACCAUGUUUCAGGUCAUUUUGCAGCAUACUUGAGGAAACUCGAAGAUCCACUGAGGUUCAGAUUUCAAUCAGUUUUUUUGACUCUAAUAAAAUAAUAAUACCGUUGGUCCUAAUGAUGGCCUCCAGGCCAGCUGUAUAAAAAAAAAAACAGUAAAAUAUUUUACCAUUUUUAUUUUACAGUGACUAUUAUUUUCUUUUUCCUUAUCCCGUUUCUGAUGCCAAAAUGUGCCUCGGCGGUAACAGGGAGUUUAUUUUUAGCGUCAGAACACCGUAGCACUUUCUCAGAGUCCCAGUGCCAUUUAGGAUUUGAUGUUUAUCGAUUGCUGACAAUAAGGGCUUUUUGAUUUUCCUGGUAGCACUUUGUCCUGAUGGCAAACAGAGACCACAUCUUUACAUUUUUACACCCCAGUAAGUCAUGAAAUACCAACAGUCAUUUAGUUAUGUGCAAUUUCUGAUUUCAUUACAUCAUUUAAAUCCAAAUUUCCUAUACAUUUAAGCAUAUGGAUCAUUAUCCAUGCUGUAUGUUUCCUUUAUCUUUAUCAAGGGUGUUUGUAAUUCAGGAUUCGGGGGUGACUGUCAAGACGCACACACACACACACACACACACUCUACUAAAGGGCAGGGCUCAAAUUCACCAGUCAGGUUAUUUAAAUGCACAUAACUCCUGUUACAUAUGGUAGCAUAAAUGUAUGAAUUCAAACAGAGGACAUUAAAAUAUAUAUAUAUAUAUAUAUAUAUAGACAAUAUAUAAAAAUAAGAUAUUUGUGUUAAUGUAUUUAUUAUCUGCAUGUUUACUCACAAAAAAAACAAAUAUAGAGUGUUGUUUUAAGCUUGCCUUUAAAUGCAUAUAGACUAUAUAGACUGUAUUUUUUUGCCAAUGCUGUCAUUUUGAUUUCUUUCUUUUUUAUUUUAUUUUAUUUUUUUUUUGAUGAAUGUUGGAUCUGCACUGAAGGGUAGCUUCAUGACAAGGCUCUGUUCAGUUUCUCCGGCUGUAAAGUGAACCAACGUUCAACUGAACAACUAAACCAGCAGCUCAAUUUGUACUACAGAAGAGCAAAAAGUGUCAUGAACAUGAAGUCUUAUUAACAAACCUGGUGGACCUUUGGGGAUUUUUUGUGCGCGGACGAUGGAGCCUUUUCUCUCGACCAGCAUCUAGAUCUAAAAGACUAAAGGCUUUAUCCUGGAGGUCAUGAGUGGAAAUGAAUAUCGGUUUGAAGAUCAGUCGCCUGUUAAUCAAAGCCCAAGAUUGACGGAUUUUCUCAAUGUGCUAUUGGAGCUCUUUAAACUCUGGGAUUGUAGCUAAACAGCUCAAAUCAUCUUCUCCAGUCAGCCUUAGGCACCAUGGAGACUUCUCAAGACAUUUCUUGUUUUUUCUUUUUUUAUAUUUUUUUAUGUGGUCCUUCUUACAUAUCUUAGAUCUGUACACAGGAUUAAGUGUGUUAAGUUCUUGAGUAUUUCUACAUCCGACUUUUCUUUUCUCAACGCAGAACAUCAUGUCACAGAUCAUGCCCCUCAUUAAUGUCUCAACAGUUUUUUUCCACCCAUUUCUUGAAGGAUAAAAAUAAUAUUUAAGGAACCUUUUUAAGUUAGAUUUUUAAACCCCACAUGUUCAAAGACACUGCUUAGUGGCCAUAGCUAAUCAAGCUUAGUGUUUACAUGAAAAAGACACACUUGAUUGAGAUCAUUUGCCAAAGUGCUUCUCACACAUUUAGAAUUUGAAUCUGUAAAUCUGACCUAAAUCUUCUCCAUGUUAUGGACUACAUAGUGAAAUGCAUAUCAUGACUUUCUUAUAUUACCAUUUUGAGUUGAUAAUUAUAUGUGUGCUAUGUUUUGAUUUAACCCUUGUGUAGUCUUAACACUAUGUAUACUCCCCUUGUCCUAAGGGUCAAAAAUGACAUGCCUAAACCCCUAAAACAAAGCAGCUUAAUUGAAUUUUAAAACCCAAGUCUAUUUUUCAGGAAGAAACAACCUGUCAAUCAUCACAAACUUUGUGAAAAUCUUGGUUUUCCCUCUUCACAGUGCAGAAAGACUGCAUGUAAUCAGUGGACACCACUCGUUUUCUCUGCUGGUAAACAUAGUGGCAGGUCAUUUUUGAUGCUUAAGACAACACAAGGGUUAACAGGAGGUAAGCUCAUCCACUCUGACGUCUGUGCAUUUAUGGAAAUAUUUUAUGAACUUUCCUAAACUGUUAAAAUAGGAGACGGUGUUAUCGAAAUAGGCAUUCACAAUGUAAGUUAAUCAAACCUGCUGUUAUUAUGAUGAACAACGUUUCCCAUAGCAGCUCAUCUUCAACUUUCAUCAAUUUCUAUUUAACAUAACUUUCCAAAAAGUGGGAUUUUGGACAAACAGCUUAGGUCUUUUUCACGCUUGAAAUUUUUAAGAGACUUGGGGAAAAAAUCCAUGCUCGGGGCCACAUGCUGAUUAAUCUGAUUGGUUCAACUUAUCACGUUAUGUCCUGUGACUACUUUCAUGAUGCAGGCAAAAGGGUUAUUGAUAUAUAAAACCAAAUUUCACAGGACAAGUGUACUGUAAUUAGCUCACCUUUGCGGUGUGAGCGCUUGUGAAAAAUGCACGUCUGAUGUCUGUCUGCACUAAAAAUCUUAAAAUCUUCAAAAAAUCGAAAAGAGAAAAAAACUCCAAAAGACUCAAAUGAUUUUUAUAUCAGAUCUGCUCUUAGUUUGUAUUAGAGGUAUUCCCUCAUGGAGACUUGCUUUGCAAAUGGAAGAACCUAGUGCUUACCAUUUUGCUCGAUCAGCGGCUCUGAAGGAAUUCUUCAAUGUGAACACAAACCUGCGAUUUCGAGCCCCGCCCCAAAAUGAGCCCAGAAUCGGUCUGGAGUGCUAACUCUAUAUUCAGACCAAGUGUGAAAACGCCCUUAGAGAAAGGCGAGUCUUUUUUUGUCAGGUUUUUUUACAUCCCUAGUCUCUUAUAUGAAACAGUUUUCUUUACCUCUUUAGAGAUUUCUGUACAUAAUGACAUUAUGUUUAAGCCAGAACAUCACUGCAAAACAAAUGCACAUUCUGGACCUUGCUCAUUCUGUUGCCCGUUUUUUGUCCUGAAGGCCAAAAAGGCUUACAUAAUAGCUUAAAAACUAUCAUUCAAAACAUAAUACCAACAAUAUUGGCUUUAAACCAAGCUUGAGUCUCCAGGAAUAUUUACUGUCUACAUUUAUUCGUUUUUGCCUAUUUUCAUUAAGACGUCAUUCCAUUUAGGAGGAAAUAUGCUCCUCUGGGCUAAUAUGAAAUCCUCUGAACUGCUUGUAAAAAAAAGAGUGGAAGAUUUCUGGUUUUGUGGUUUGCUUUUAUACAUCAAGUAUCACCAUCCUCUCCUCUUUGACAUUCAUGUUGCUAAAACUCAAAGAGUCAAAAUCGAGAUCUGGAGUAUACAUUUCUUACAUUGCUUCAGUGGGAAGUGUAUGUAUUUCAUGGUUUUGUUUUUGCACAAGUUUCCUUAACCACUGAGAAGAAACUAAUUUUAUUCUAAAGGUUCCUAUAUGACUGUACUAAAAACACUUUUUUUUUCACUUUUUCACAGCUGAAUGUUUUGUCCUCUGAAAUAACUAUUAGAUAUUGCUAUUUUUCCAUGUGAUUUUUAUGUAUACUUGGCACUUGAGAUUGUACAUGUCCUUUACCUGUAAAUGAAGUAAUUACACACUUUUAUUGGCUUUGCAGGUCUGAAGAAUGACAAGAGCAGAAAACGAACACCGAAUGCAUGAAUACUUGUAUCCUAGUAGUUUUUUUUUUUUUUCAGGUCUAGUGGUUGGUUUUAUUGUGUUGGAUUCAGAUUAAGUUUGAUUAAGGGCAACAGUGAGAUGGGCCUUUGAGCUUUCUCUACCUGUCUUGGUCAUUUCUGCGGUUUGAGCGUGUCGCGUUGUGGUGCAGCGGGUAGCGUUGCUGUCUCACUGGUCCAUGGUCCCUGGUUUGAUCCUGAGGUUGGGUAACUGUCUGUAGAGAAUUUUGCAUGUUCCUGUAUCAAUGUGGCUUUUCUCCAGGUUCCCUAGCUUCCUCUCUCCUCCUAAAAACACACCAGAAGGUGGAUCGAGUAAGCUAAAUUGGCCCUAGGUGUGAAUGAGUGUGUGAAUGAUGCCCUGCUGUGGACUGGCAUCCCAACCAGGGUGUAUUCUCACCUCAUAACCAGUGUUCCUGGGACAGAUCCACAGAGAUUACAGAUCCACUGAGACCCUGACCAUUGUUUCGAUUUGUUUAUGUCAAUAAAGGUCAUAAAGCCUACUGGAUGCUUUAGGUAAAUAUGUACACUGUACACACAAUCUGCAUUGAAGUCCACAAUAACAGGGAAGUGAAAGCUGCAUGAUUUUGCAAGCGCAUUUUAAGAAAGUUGUUUGUAAAGUUGACCUAUAGAAUUAUGCUAUGUUUUGUGUAGUUUAUCUCUGGCUUGGCUUGUUCUUAAUGCUUUAGCCAGACUUUGGAAAAAAAAAAAAAGUAACAAGAAAAAACUUUAAAGGUCAAAGUGAUGUACUACCAGUUGUAUGAUGUAGUACAAAUUGUUUUCCUGGUAGAUGACCUUGAGGAUUGUGGUGCUGAGGUGACACCAGUAUGGGUGCCCACAUCUGGAGGAUGAUCUUAGCACAUGUGGAAAGAUAGCUCAAGUUACUAAACUUACUAAAAUUACAAUGGUUAAUGCUAGUGUGAUGGACAGUGUUAUGGUUCAUGUUUUUUCCUAUGACUUCAUCCAUAUCAAAUCAAAUGAAAUUAGUCUAGCUUGUUAGAUUGUUGUGAAUUUUGGAUAACAUCCGGUUGUAACAUGGUCUCAUGAUUGCAGUUUUUCUGCCCCAUUUUCUCCCAUUUUGGUCAUUCCCCAUUUCCCACCCCCACACUAGCUCUCCCCUAUCACACAAUAGCUAUCAACCAGAGAGAGCCAGAGAGAGUGAAGGAUAAAACUUGCUUCCACUAAUACAUGUGAAGCCAUCCAACCACAUCUUUUUGAACUGCUGCUCAUUCUGAGCCACAGAGCAGCUGAAAAAAACCUCUGAGGAAAGUGCUAUCUGCCCUCUUACGCAUACAUGAGCUCACAGACACCCACGAUUGGCUGGUUUCGCUCUGAUUGACAGGGAAUAGUGUAUGCCAUCCCUAACACCCAGAGAAAAUGGCAAGUUUUGUUCUCUUGGACUUCCUGCCACGGACAGCUGUGGUUUGGUCGGGAUUUGGACUUUCCCAACAACACGGCAGAAGUUUUCUUUUGUGCCACUGAGGAGCCCUCAUGAUUGCAAAUUUGUAAUAUUUCAUGAAAAGUUAAGAUCUGGUUGAGAGGGCAGGUUAUUUCUUGUAGCUUUAAAUACAACUUUAUUUGUUACAUUCCAAGAAAAUCGCUGUUUUUGCUGAGAAAUUUGAAGGCCAAGUUGGAGAGACUACUUAGGUUGUUUUCCGAACUCUAGUGUUUUACAGAAGAGUUUUUACUAGAAUUCACUGUAGCAAGAAAUGGUUAUCUAGAAAACAUAAAAGAAGUGCGACAGGGAAUGGCAUGACUCUGAUGUAUAGUAGACUAUUUAGUAGCUAAUUGGUUAAUUAGUGGCAUGGAUGUCAUUGUGUUCUACAUAAACCCAUUCAGUUAGCUAAAACUUGACAAGCUAAAGAAAUAUGGCCUCUAGCUAAACGUUACAGAUAAUUUUACGCUGUAUUUCAUUACACACUGUUGCUUGCAAUGCAUUGUGGGUAAUACACACAGUUCCUUGGCCACCAAGAAUAGCGCAUGCAAAAAUAACCAAAAAAAAAAAAAAGUCUGAACAGGCUCUGUGUUCUAGCAUUUAGGACUAUUCUUAAAAUACCUGAUGUUCUAGUAAGUGUUUGGACUAUGAACUUCAGAGACUUGGUGUGAGGAGUGCUAUUGCGAUUGGUAGUGAUGAAACCCUUUCUGUGUCUUUGUGAGGUUUCCCUCGCUAGCAUGUUUUGUACCUGUUACGUCUCCGCAUAUUCUAAUAUGAACACUAGAUGGUGUGUUUUUCACUUUACUGACUGUCUGAUUGCUGGAUCCUGAUGAUUUAUGCAGCUUAAAUGCUCAGAAUUUGAAUCAGACGAGAGAUUUGACACCAAAUGGCAGGCCUUUCAAUUGUUGGUCACUUUAAAAAAGACGAACACGCGUUGAGCUAUCGUGAGAUGUUGUUUUAUUUUUUUAAACAAAACACUGGAACAGGGAGUUUUUUAGAGAGCGUUUCACUGGAGGCUGGGAAAAUUUAUUGUCUAAAUUCUAUCUUUGAAAUGUUUUCAUGAGGGCUUUGUAAAGUCAUUUACUUUAUUUAAGAGGAGUGUUAUUGGUGUGUUGGAAUCCUGUUUGGUCGGUUUAAAGGCUUGAGUAUUUUCCUGUGAUGUAUCUGUUUGUUAACAAUGAUUGAUGAAUGUAUUAACUUGAUUAUUGCUGAGAUGUAAUGAGAGUAAAUGAAAUCUUAUUUGCUUGAAAAAAGGGUUAGUGCAAAUUUCUUUUCAGCUCUGUAGAGGCUGAGGAAGCAUUUUAUUUCAUUUUUAUUACAGACAGAAACAGAUUCAUUUAGAUCUGUGAUUAAAAGGGAUUUUAAAAACGGAUCUAAAUGAAUCUGUUUCUGUCUGUAAUCUGUAACCAAGGGUCGAGUAGCACACCUUUGUGCUUUCUGUGGGUAGCACUCUAACAUGCUGGUUUCCACUUAUGGCAGGUUAUAACGUCAUAUUUGUGUAUUCAGAGGAAACAUCAACAGAAGAAUAUGAACUUUACUAUUUUGUAGCAUGAGUUUGCCUUCCGUUCAGUUUGCAAUAACCUCUAAAAGCUGGUCAGAAGAAAGGGCGGGGUUUAGCCUCAUUUGGUUCAGUUUUGUUUAUAAAUGCUUUAUAAACAGGUUAUAAACCCAACUCACAAUAAUCUUUUGUAUUAAUUUCAUUUGCACUAUAACUAGGGUUUUAGGGAAUCAUUUUCGGUGACAGGACACAAUGUAAGUGCGUAUGGUACGAAAUGAUGGCUUCUGCACUCAGUGUAGUGCACUAAUGUCAGUUUUCCUAUCUAGGCAGCCUACAUAGGAUAUAAAAUAAUGGCUUCUACACCCUAUGUAGUGCACUAAUAUCCUACUCCCUAUGUAGGCAACCUACAUAGGAUAUAAAAUAAUUGCUUCUACACCCAAUGUAGUGCACUAUAUGUCUGGUAAGAAGUCAUUUGUUUAUCAGCUCCCUACUUGUGUCACAUGGUAUACAUAGUGCACUAAUGAACAUCUAGGGAAUAUGAAACAUGGCUAAGCCCCAUGGUUUUUAGCUACAGCGCAAAAUGUCUGCAGUGAAAUGUAGUGCACUAAAUACAGUGUAGCAAACAUUGUAUUAUUUCAACUGACUGUUGGAUGAGGUUGGUUAAGUUAUUUUUUUUUUUACAGUAGCAAAAUUGAAAAAAAAAAACAAAAACC